AUGCGACCACCACGCAGACCUGCCGUUGGAACGCCAAUACCGCGCCUGGCCGACCACAAAACACGCGCCCCCCCUGCGCACGCAGUUUCCUCCCCCCUCUGGCUCAGGUUUCGCGAUCGCGCGCGGCUUGACCACCAUGCGGACCUCCCGGCGUGCCAACACCAAUCCCGUGCUGAGCUUCUCGCAAAACACAUGCACCCGCUCGUCCCAACACCACACCUCGCCCGACCCAAAUGUGCGUCCCCACUGCGCACGCAAUUCGGCGUGCGUUCGCGGCCCCUCUCCACAGCACCUCGACCGCUGACGCCCUCCACCACCUACACUCGCCACCUCAACCACCACGUGGACCUGCGGUUGGAACGUGAAUACCGCGCCUGGCCCACCGCAAAACACGCGCCCCCACCGCGCGCGCCCCCACCUCGACCAUCUCGCCCACACUUCGCGACCGCGCCCAGGUCGACCACCGCGCGGACCUCCCGUUCGAACGCCAAGGCCGCACCUGGCCUCUCGCAAAGUGCACCCGCGCAGCACACGCAAUUUCCUCGACACUCUCGCCCCCGUUUCGGGACCGCGCCCAGACGGCAAAUGCCAACUGGCAUGCCCCAACAGUCGCACCGCGAACAACUCCCACCUCGCCCGAUUUCCUCUCACAACCACCACCAUGGCCUCCGUCACUGA